AUGGCAAAUAUUCACUCAUUGGUGGCUAGUGUAAAUAAUCUCUACUUGCACAGUGAGAUAAGCAACAAGUUUUACUAUUAUAGCGAAAAUAAUGAUGUUUUAGGUCCAAAAAGAGUCAAUAACAAGAAGAAAUGUGGUGAAUAUUUUUGUGACAAUCGGUAUGGAGCUGGGGUUUCUACAGUUUGUCGCUCGUGGAGGUUAUGUGCUGCAACGGAGGUUCGAGUUGCGGAGAACACGAACAGAGAAAAUGGCGAUGCUUAUUCUCCGACUCCAUUUAUCGAAAUCCCCGUCACUUGCUACCAGAUUCUUGGUGUUCCUGAUGAAGCAGAAAAAGAUGAAAUUGUUAAGUCAGUGAUGCAUUUGAAAAGUGCGGAGAUUGAAGAGGGCUACACUACUGAUGUUGUUAUUUCUCGCCAGAAUCUUCUGAUGGAUGUCCGAGAUAAACUUCUUUUUGAACCCGAAUAUGCUGGAAAUGUGAAGGAAAAGCAGCCCCCUAAAUCUUCUCUUCGUAUGCCAUGGGCUUGGUUGCCUGGUGCUCUUUGCCUCCUGCAGGAGGUGGGAGAAGAGAAGCUUGUGCUAGAUAUUGGACGAAGAGCCCUGCAACAUCCACUCUCAAAGCCGUUUAUUCAUGAUUUGCUUCUGUCUAUGGCCCUAGCAGAGUGUGCAAUUGCGAAAGUUGGUUUUAUGAAGAACAAUAUUUCCCAAGGGUUUGAAGCUCUUGCCCGUGCUCAGUGUCUUCUUAGGAGCAAAAUUUCUCUUGAGAAGAUGACGCUGUUGUCUCAGAUAGAAGAAUCUUUGGAAGAGCUUGCUCCAGCAUGCACAUUGGAGCUUUUGGGCAUGCCUCGUAUGCCUGAAAAUGCUGAACGAAGAUUAGGAGCUAUUGCAGCUUUGCGUGAAUUGCUCAGACAGGGUCUGGAUGUUGAAUCUUCAUGCCAUGUUCAAGACUGGCCAUGCUUCUUAAAUCAAGCACUCAAUAAGCUCAUGGCUGUGGAAAUAGUUGAACUUAUUCAUUGGGAAAAAUUAGCUCUUACAAGGAAAAAUAGAAAAUCCCUUGAGUCACAGAAUCAAAGAGGAGUUGUCAAUUUCAAUUGUUUCUACGUAGUUUUGAUAGCUCAUAUUGCUCUUGGCUUUUCAAGCAAGCAAAGAGAUUUGAUUAACAAAGCUAAAACAAUUUGCGAGUGUUUAGUAGCAUCAGAAGGCAUUGAUUUAAAAUUCGAGGAAGCCUUCUGCUUGUUCCUCCUUGGUCAGGGUGAUGAAGCAACGGCUGUGGAAAGACUCAGGCAGCUUGAACAAAAUUUAAAUCCCUCUUCAAGAAACUUAUUGCAGACUAAAGAAAUUGGAGAAGUUUCAAAUGCCAACAAGUCUCUGGAGAUGUGGCUGAAAGAUGAUGUGCUUAGCUUGUUUUCAGAUACCCAAGAUUGUUCCCCAUCUUUGGCCAACUUCUUUAAUGGUGAAAAAAGAGGACACAGACAAAAUAAAAGAGCUCCUCAGGCUAUGUCUAACAUGAUGCACAGACAGCUUGCUACUGCUCUUGCAUCAGAUCGAAAAGAUGAAGAACCAGUUUCACGUGCAGACUCUUCACGACAUCUUGGGUUAGCUGCUAAGCAGCUUGCUCCUUCUAAUCUACAGAACCCUUUGGUAGAGGUCAAGUCUGAAGCUGGAAAUGGUAGCACCCCAUCAAUACAAUUGAAAAGAAGUUUAGGUGCACGGCGUAGUGAAGUAUGGAGAUUUUGGUUUGGCCGUACUGAAGUGUUUGGGAAGAUAAUAUAUGCUACUUCAUUAGGUUGCAUUUUAUUUGCUCUAGUCAAGCUAACAAACAUGCAAUUCAGGAAGAUGGGAAAUGGAUCUAAGUGGGGGCUAUACAAACCAAGGACCGAAGCUAGCUCCCCUACCUGGAGUGCUGAUUCUUCUAGAGAUUUAAGUUACAGGCAUUCUGCAAUUAAGGAAAAUAGCAUUGCCAGAAAGUUUAGGAGGCUGUUUUCAAUGCUUAAAGUGCAGCUUAGGGACUACCCAGAAGCUACGGAUUUGCAAACUGCUUCCCUUGCUGCCGGUCUGUCAUCCUCUAGGACAUCAGCAUUUAGGCGACCAAUGCCUAUGGAAGAAGCUGAGACACUUGUUAAGCGAUGGCAAGCUGCUAAAGCAGAUGCACUUGGGCCAGACCAUAAAGUUGAUGACCUCUUUGAAGUCCUUGAUGGAUCAAUGCUUGCUCAGUGGCAAGCUUUAGCCGAUGCAGCAAAAGCCAGAUCAUGUUUUUGGAGAUUUGUUUUGCUGCAAUUGAAAGUUCUACAAGCAGACAUUUUCAAAGAUGGGAUUGGGAAUGAAAUGGCUGAAAUAGAGGUUCUCUUGGAGGAAGCAGCUGAACUUGUGGAUGAAUCUCAGCCUAAGAACCCAACUUACUACAGCACGUACAGAAUUCAAUAUUAUUUGAAGAGGCAAGAUGACGGUUUGUGGAAAUUCUAUGAAGGCAAUGUUGAAACUCCCUCGUGA